CCGAGGAUAGCCGAGAGGGAGACUCGAAGACAUGUGGCAACAUUCUGGUAGUCCUCUCAUGGAUCGUCGUUAUAUUGACGAUGCCAUUCUCUCUAUUUGUUUGCUUUAAGGUGGUGCAGGAGUAUGAGAGGGCCGUGAUAUUUCGACUUGGACGACUUCUUUCGGGAGGUGCCAAGGGGCCCGGUAUUUUCUUCAUACUGCCCUGUAUCGAUUGCUAUGCUCGCGUUGAUCUACGAACGCGCACUUACGACGUUCCACCACAGGAAGUUCUUACUAAGGAUAGUGUGACGGUUUCCGUCGAUGCUGUCGUUUACUAUCGAGUAAACAACGCAACGAUAUCAAUUGCCAACGUGGAAAAUGCUCAUCAUAGUACGAGACUCCUUGCUCAGACGACCCUUCGUAAUACUAUGGGUACACGACCACUUCAUGAGAUCCUCAGCGAGCGUGAAACAAUUUCUGGAAACAUGCAAAUAUCCCUAGAUGAAGCCACUGAUACUUGGGGAAUCAAAGUCGAACGCGUUGAAAUUAAGGACGUUCGACUACCUGUUCAGUUGCAAAGGGCAAUGGCAGCUGAGGCAGAGGCAGCAAGAGAAGCUCGUGCAAAGGUGAUAGCGGCUGAGGGCGAACAAAAGGCUAGCAGAGCUCUUAGAGAAGCAUCUGAAGUGAUCGGAGAUUCUCCAGCCGCUCUUCAGCUACGUUACCUUCAAACUUUGAAUACAAUCUCCGCUGAGAAGAAUUCGACAAUCGUGUUUCCGCUACCGAUCGAUAUGCUUACCUACUUCAUGAAGGCGAAGGAGAUGUCAUCUUAGAUGUCACGGCAGUUUGACGUGCCGCUUUUGUUUACAAUGGACAGUGUAAUGACUUUCGAAGAAGAUUAGAAUAGAUAAAUAUCCACUGGAUGGAUCUUAGUUUGAAUUUCAUAUCCACGUCCGACAGCCUGUCUUUCUCUACAUAUAUACAAAGUGGGGCACUUAAGGUGUUACAUAUUUAUUGCACCAAAGUUAUUGGCGAUAUCGAAAAAAGUUUCGUAUGAAAGUUGUUCGAUAUGAAGGUGGCCAUCAUAUGAGACCAUCAUUUUUUUUUGCCAGUUGAAGCCCUAAGCUGGGUUAAGGUCACCUCCCCGUUUUUCAAAUAGAAUGAAGAGAUAUUUCAUAUUAUGAGAACUGGCGAUGAGACAAAUUCAAAGACCUCUGAUACAAAGUCAUGUAAGGUCAUACGAGGUUAGAAAUAAAAUUUAUCUUUUUUAUGUAAGAAGAUGCUGGAAGUAGUCGCCGUGUACUUAUAGACAUUUGUUCACUCUCACAUGAAAGGAACGUUGAAUUGCAGCUAACAUUUCUGGAGUUACCUGCGCACAUGUCCGGCGUAUUCUUUCUUUUCGGUUCUUUCGAAACACUUUCAUAUGAAAUUUUUUUCGACAUCGCAGAUAAUUUAGGCACUUAAGGUUUGUAACACUUUAAGUGCCUCACCCUGUAUAUGUAUACAACGUGAUUCAUGAGAAGUUACAGAUUCGGAAGUGAAUCAGCUUGGGCAAUGAUCAAGCUCAUUAAUCAAUGACGAUAGUAUUCCUUACAAUUCUGACUUUGUCAUUAUCGUCAUUGCUCGACGACCUUAAUCAAUGACCGAUCACAAUCACCGUUGCUAAAUUUAAGUCAUAUCCGAAUCAGUAAGUUCUUGUGAAUCACCUUAUAUAUAAAUAUGUAUUAUACCAUAUGUACAUUAAUAUGUAUGUACAUAUAAAGGUACAAUAUUGUAUUAAUUUUACUGUAUACCUUUCUGGUGACCACGUGAAUUCAUAUGGCUUAAACAUGUGUAUGUGUAGUUUAGUGCAAUUCAGAGUAAUACAUAUCAAAUGUUUCUAGUAUAUUCGAAUGUGGAUAAUUAGAGGUGUAAAAAAGUUUGCGCAUUCCUUGCAUUGCUAGACAAUGCAGUUUUAUUUGUUUUUCUCUAUGUAUGAAUGUAUGUAUAUUUAUGUCGAUGCUUCUCAUGUUGACUGAGGAAUUGUCAAUGACAACCUAAGCACAGAUGGCGUCCCAUACACCGGUAUUCCUCCGCUAUACAUCCGCUAUACAUCCUCAUUAACAUUUAACUGUAUUAUUACGCACAUAGCGAAUAGUAGUACAUAUCAUGUAUUGACAACUUGAAGUCACAUAUGUUACAAAGGCGGUGUUUACACUAGUAAUUCGCCACUGAUGACAACAACAUAUUGAGGAGUUUUCUGAUUAUAAAACCUAGAGUUAUUCUACUGACCUUCUUAUCUCCUCAGGGUCAUAUGUCAACAGGAGUGUUGAUUUUAUGUAUUUUAAAUGUAUCGCAAUAAUAAGUUUCUCACUACGAUUUGAUCUUACAAUUAGCUUCAACUUCUAAACGAUCAUCUAAAAUCUCUGUUUCAAGUUUAAUUUUAAUUCUCAAGAUUUUACAUGGGCUUGAGAUUGGUACAACGAAGAGCACAACUCCAAAUGUCUAUUACCGAAACCCGAUAACAAUAGUGUUCGGACUACACGAAAUUGGUUUGAUAAAAUAAAUGUGCGUUUUUAUGUGAUUUUUCA